AUGAGGAGCCGAUGGAUUGUGGAAAGAAGUCGAACAAAAUCAGAGACAUUGUGAGGCUUCAACAAAUCCUGAAGAGGUGGAAGAGGUUAGCAAAUGGGGAGAAGAGCGGCGGCGGCGGCGGCGGCGGCGGCAAUGAUAAGUUGUUGAAGACAACCGGAGGUUUUGUUACCGAGGAUGUUCCAAAAGGGUAUCUGGCAGUGUGCGUGGGGGAAGAGCAUAAGAGAUUUGUAAUCCCAACACAUUACCUGACCCACCAAGCAUUUAGGAUAUUGCUGCGGGAAGCUGAGGAGGAAUUUGGGUUUCACCAACAGGGUGUUCUUCAGAUCCCAUGCCAUGUCUCUGUCUUUCAAGAUAUCCUCAACUCUGUCCAACCAAACCACCACCAAUUUUCUCCUGAUAAUGAAAUCAUGUUAUCCUGAUUCGUAGCU